CCCAAAACCAAGGUACGAGCACGCUCUGGCAGACAUGUCAUACGGCAAAGCAGAGAGCUACCACCCUGUCCCACGGGACUUCAACAGCCUCAUACAGACAUGUAGCUCCAACAUCCAGAAGAUCACGCAGAACACUGCUCAGAUCAAGAGCAUGGUGAACCAGCUGGGGACCAGUCAGGACACCAGUGAACUUCAGGAUCGUCUGCAGCAGAUACAACACUAUACCAACCAACUGGCAAAAGAAACCAACAGGAAUCUGAAAGAACUGGGAUCCAUCCCUUUGCCAAUAUCACCCUCUGAGCAAAGGCAGCAAAAGAUCCAGAGGGACCGCCUGAUGAAUGACUUCUCAGCAGCCCUCAACAACUUCCAAGCAGUCCAGCGGCGUGCAGCAGAGAAGGAGAAAGAGUCAGUUGCCAGAGCGAGAGCGGGAUCCCGCCUCUCAGCUGAGGACAGUUCUCGGGAUGAAAAGCUUGUUUCUUUCGACAACCAAGAGGACUGGGGUCAGAUGACCACCCAGUCAGAGGAGGUGGGCAUCACGGAGGAGGACCUGGAGCUCAUCAGGGAGAGAGAAACCAACAUCAGACAGCUGGAGUCUGACAUUUUGGAUGUAAACCAGAUCUUCAAGGACCUGGCUGUGAUGAUCCACGAUCAAGGAGAGAUGAUUGAUAGCAUUGAGGCAAAUGUGGAGAAUGCUGAAGUCCAUGUAGAACGAGGAACAGAGCAGCUCCAGAGAGCCGCUUACUACCAGCAAAAGUCUCGGAAGAAGAUGUGUAUCCUUGUUAUGGUCUGUUCCAUUGUGCUUGUCAUACUUGGCAUCAUUAUCUGGCAAGCUGCUAAGUGAGUUGUCUCCACACAACCGAUAUGCCACCACGAUAUUUUACUCUGCCCUUCCCACCUACAAGUACCUGCUUGGAAUCACAAGAAGAACAAGAAGAGGCUGAUCAUUUGACCAAGGUCAGCAGAGUAGAUCUAUGCAGAGGGAUGGUCAAUGUAGAAAACAUACUCAUCUGAACUGAUCAAGCCUGUUUUUGUAAAAUAGUUGAAAACAUCCUAUUUAAACUGAGAUAAAGGACUAAGGUGAUGAAGGGGAGUGAUUCAUUCAUUUCUGGUCUUACUUACUGCACUAACACUAGCUGUCACUGUAUUUCAAAUGUAAAAAUGUUUUUGGGAAUGAUGUCAGAACAGGCUAAAUGAAAAAAAGAAACACAGCUUGUUAAAGUAAAUUAAUCUGUGGUUUUUAGGGGGCUGUAAUUUUUUUUGUUGUUUUUUUUUUUGUUAACUGUUAUGUCAUCACCUGAUGUAAAGUGUGGAGUGCCUGGCGUGUCCAGUCACAUUCCAUCAGACCUGUAUGACUCCUUGUGAUGGCAACCAUGGUUGUAACAUACAUGUUGUAAAAUGAAGGCUCUUAAAGAUAACUAAUAUCGAUAAAUCCAUGUCUGUAAAUAUUACAAAGUGCUGCAUUCUUUUUCUGCUAAGAACAUUGUGGAUCAUAAAUAAUGACACGCUCUCAAAAAUGAAAGUCCAGUCUUCAAACAAAACAUUUUUAAAUUGAUUUCUAUGACUCUUGACAGUAUGCAUAAUAAAUGUCUUAAACACUUUA